GGAGAGGGACUUCCUCGCCGAUUUUGAUGAAAAUUUACAGGAUCGUGUAUUUUUGUCUGUAAAACACGAAUCCGCAAGUUAAAAUUGUCGCUCGGCACUAAUAAAAGAGUUAUAAAUUGUUAAUUGUUGUGUGCGUGUGUGUGUGCAAGGCAAAGAUUUCCUUUCGAAUAGUAUUCGAAUAUAAAGCAGAGAAUAUAUUCUCAGAAUAUAUUCUCUGCGUUAUAUUCGAUAAUGUAUUGAAAUAAUGUAUUGAACUGUUUGAGUUUUUGGUUAAAGCCGCUCCCGUAUAGUGUCGGUUGGUGUUGAUAAGACAGGUAUCCUAACCCCACAACCCCACAACUGUCAGAUUUUAACAAUUUAUAACUUUCUUAUUAGUGCCGAGCGACGAUUUUAACUUGCGGAUUCGUGUUUUACAGGCAAAAAUACACGAUCCUGUAAAUUUUCAUCAAAAUCGUUUAAAAUGGCACCAAACAAUAAGAAGGUGAAGAAACGCGUUGACUUAAGCUUGAUGCAGAAAUUAGAGCUAAUCAAGAAAUUGGAAGAAGGCGUCUCAGUGACAGAUGUUUCUAAAAUUUAUAACGUAACGAGACAUACCGCCCAGAGAAUCCAUAAAUCAAAGACUACAUUGCAACAGUUUUUGUCUGCACGCGAUAUUGAUAGCUCUAAAUUAUAUAUUUCUACAAUAGAGAAUAAAAAACAUAUGACAUUUUGGUCAAAGACAAAUAUAGAUAAAGCUCUGUACAAGUGGUAUAGUCAACAGAGAUCCUGUGGUAUUAAUGUACAACAUCACCAGUUGAAAUUGAAGCUUGAGGCACUUAUAACACAUAUGGGACUCAGUUUCAACGAUACUCAGCACUGGCUGUGGCGUUUUAAAAAGAGAUAUGGCAUUGCUUCUUCUUUGACCGAGAAACUCUGUAGCAAAUCUUCAAAGUCAGAAAAGAAAAAUAUUAACCAAGAAAUAAAGAAUACAAAAUACAUCAACCAGGGACCAAAUCAAAAUUUAGACAGAGUUCUAUACAAGUGGUAUAGUCAACAGAGAUCCAGUGGUAUUAAUGUACAACAGAUCCAGUUGAAAUCGCAGCUUAAGGCUCUUAUAACACAUAUGGGACUCACUAUCAAGAAUACUGAGAAAUGGCUGACAAGUUUUAGAAAGAGACACCGCAUUACUUCUUUUUUGAGCGAGGUAAUCUGUAGCGAAUCUUCAGAUUCAGAAAAGAAAAACAUUAACCAAGACCAAGUUACGCCAGAUGAAUCUAUAAAAGUUGAGAAUUUGCCUUCCCUGCCAUUUUUACCUCCAACUGCUUCUACAUAUCACAACAUUUCGGAACAAUUUAUAAAAGUUGAGGAUUUCCCUUCUUCGUCAUCCUCACCGCCAACUAUUUCUGCACCUUCCAAAAUUUUCGGAGAAUCUGUAAAAGUUGAGAAUUUCUCUUCAGAAUCAUGUUCAUCUCCAACCGACGUUUAUCACAAUUACAUUUGGGAAGAAUAUGACAUAAAAUCUGAAGGUUCCCCUUCACCUUUAGAUGAUAAAUCUUUAGUUGAUAAAUAAAACUUCGCUAACACUAUAAUUACAGCAAAAUACACCUCUUGGACUACUUUGUUAAUCAACAGAAUAUUUAUAAUGAUAUAAUUUAAUAAUUUUAUAUUGUAUAGUUCUAUAUACCAUAUUAAAGCUAUGUUACAUUAAAGGCAUUAAUAAAUAAUAAAAACGGCAUUUUAUAUUAUA